AUGGAGGAGUCGCCGCGAGACGACGCCGAAGACUCGGCUCCUCCGCCACAAUCUCGACAGCCCCAGCAUGACAAGCAGCCGUCCCUCGAUACAAGGCAGCCGGAGACCUGCGUCUCGCAGCAGCAGCAGCAGCAGCAGCAGCAGCAGCAGCAGCAGCAGCAGCAGCAGCAGCAGCAGCAGCAGCAGCAGCCAUGGCCUGGCCAAAUUACCUCCGCCACCGACUUUCCCUCAACCGCCUCGGGCGCGCAGAAUCCCUUUUCACCCUGCAGCGCUGAUUCGGAAAUACAAUCGGGACACUACCCUUCUGCUGCGUCGGAUAUAUCGGGGGAUCGAGUUUUUCCCAUUCGCUCAGUCAUCAGCGUGGACCCGACGUCCAGGCCGUGCAUGACCGACGACAGCUUCCUUCAGUCGUCCGACAAUGAGUGUCGCGGCCUUUCCUCGCAUGGUCCAACAACGUACCGAAGGGAUUCGCGGACUGAUGCCAGGAGAAUCGACUUCACCCCCAUGUCCCCAACUUCUGCUACACCCGGCGGGUCUAGCCUCCAAAGACGUAGACAAAGGUCGAUGAGUGGUCCGUUUUCUAGCAUUCAGGCUGAUGCCGUCCGGUAUGGCACUGUGGCCCCGCUCGAGCUCGAUAUCGCCGCGUCUGGGAGCGAAAGCGAAGGCGAAGGCGAAAGCGGGGAGUUGCGGCGGCUUGACGCUGCCGCUGACGCCGACGCUGCUUGUCGCUUCUCCAGAGGAGAUGAUGCCGUAUCCACCACUUCCGCAAAUCAAUCCAUCGGCGAACUACCCCAUGUCACUACGCGCUUCACCCACACGGAGACGGAGGAUGGUCACGCCAUCAUCACGGGACGAGAUGGAGUCCUGCAACGAUGCGAGGAUGAGCCCAUUCACACUCCCGGUGCAGUGCAGGGCUUUGGUGUCUUGAUAGCUAUGCGGGAAGACGGCAACGGCAGCUUCGUCGUGCGUUACGCCAGCGAAAAUUCGGGCAAAAUCCUCGGCUACACACCGAAACAACUCUUCAGUCUCGGAAGCUUCCUCGAUAUCCUGACAGAGGAACAGCAAGACAACCUGCUGGAUCACAUCGAUUUUAUUCGAGACGAAGAUGCUGACCCCGCCACAAACGGACCCGAGGUUUUGAGCUUGUCCAUCAAGCGCCCAAAGGAGGCCAAGAGCGUCAAGUUUUGGUGCGCCAUCCACGUCAACAAUGCUCAUCCCGACCUCGUCAUUUGCGAAUUCGAGCUGGACCAAGACGACGAAUACCCCCUUCGACCUGCAGACGAGCCCACACCCGACACGCCUCACGAUACGCUCCAUUCGAACCCCACCCUGGAGGAGAUUGAAGAGAGCACGGAAAUUCUCAGCAAACCUCUUCGCAUUCUGCGAAGCGCCAGGAAGCGCAGGGGCGAACAUGGCGCAAUGCAGGUUUUCGACAUCAUGUCCCAGGUUCAGGAGCAGCUAGCCUCUGCUCCAAAUCUCGACACCUUCCUGAAAAUUCUCGUCGGAAUUGUCAAGGAGCUAACCGGCUUCCACCGAGUCAUGGUAUAUCAGUUCGACGCGUCUUUCAAUGGCAAGGUCGUCACCGAGCUGGUUGAUACCUCUCAAACAGUCGAUCUUUACAAAGGUUUGCACUUCCCCGCCUCCGACAUACCCCGACAGGCUCGCGAGCUUUACAAGAUCAACAAGGUCCGCCUACUGUAUGAUCGAGACCUCCCGACGGCAAGAAUGGUGUGCCGAACAAAGGAGGACCUCGACACCCCGCUCGACAUGACACACGCAUAUCUUCGAGCCAUGUCACCCAUCCAUCUCAAGUACUUGGCCAACAUGGCGGUUCGGUCCUCCAUGUCCAUAUCCAUCAAUGCCUUCAACGAACUCUGGGGCUUGGUCUCUUGCCAUGCGUACGGCGACCAUGGGAUGCGAGUGUCCUUCCCCAUCCGCAAGAUGUGUCGACUUGUCGGAGACACCGCUUCCAGGAACAUUGAGAGGUUAUCGUACGCAUCACGUCUCCAGGCCCGCAAACUGAUCAACACCGCCCCGACAGACAAGAAUCCUUCGGGCUAUAUCAUUGCCUCGUCGGACGAUUUGCUCAAGCUGUUCGAUGCCGAUUUUGGUGUUUUAUCCAUCAGAGGCGAGACCAAGAUUCUCGGCAAAAUGGACCACAGUCAAGAAGCCCUCGCAAUGCUGGAAUACCUUCGCAUGAGGAAGCUCACAUCCGUCGCAUCGUCUCAGGAUGUCACCGAAGAUUUUCCUGAUCUGAGGUACUCUCUUGGAUUCCAGGUGAUUGCUGGGCUUUUGUACGUGCCUCUCAGCGUAGGCGGCAGUGAUUUCAUAGUCUUCUUCAGACGCGGGCAAACGAGAGAAGUGAAGUGGGCUGGUAAUCCAUAUCACAAAGAAGUCCGCGACGGCACUGCCGAUUACUUGGAACCCCGAAAAAGCUUCAAGCUGUGGAAGGAAACCGUCAUGGGAAAGUGUCGCGAAUGGAACGAGGAGCAAAUUGAAACCGCAGCGGUGCUCUGCCUUGUUUACGGUAAAUUCAUCGAAGUCUGGCGACAGAAAGAGGCAGCCCUAGAGAGCAGCAAGCUCACUCGACUGCUCCUGGCCAAUUCCGCCCACGAAGUAAGGACGCCGUUGAACGCCAUAAUUAACUGUCUCGAAAUUGCGCUUGAGGGUACUCUGGAUCAGGAGACUCGCGAAAACCUCGCUCGUUCUCAUUCUGCUUCCAAGUCACUUAUAUACGUCAUUAACGACUUGCUCGACCUCACAAAGACGGAAGAAGGCCGGAGCCUAAUCAAGGACGAAAUUUUUGAUCUCAGCCUUUGUAUUGAUGAGGCGACUGAUCCGUUUCAUGGCGAUGCGAAACGAAAAGGGAUCGAAUACCAUGUGAUCAAGCAUCCGGGCUUGCCGCAAUUCGUGCACGGCGAUAGCCGACGGGUUCGACAGGCCUUGACAAACAUCACGGCAAACGCAGUAGAACAUACCCACAGCGGCUCCGUUACUGUGGAAAUGUUUGUUUCCGAAGUCAAGGACGGAGUAGUGUUGAUAGACUUUAUUGUGGCUGAUUCUGGGGUUGGCAUGAGCCCAAAGCAGCUGGACGCCUUGUUUCGGGAUCUUGAACAAGUUAGCACCGAAGACUCCGAGCCGACUGCCCCCGGAACGACGGACAGACCACUCGAGACACGGACGUUGGGACUCGGCCUUGCUGUUGUAGCUCGAGUUGUCCGGAAUAUGGACGGUCAGCUGCGCCUCAAGUCAGAGGAGGGACAAGGCUCCAGAUUCGUGGUUCAGCUUCCCUUUCAACUUCCAGUCGAUACCCCUAGUCCCGAAUGUGGAGGCUCUCCGCAAGAACAUGCGGCCGGCAGCAACUCUGGGUUGGCCGUCGCUGAAGCUUCCGCGGCCACUAUCAAGGCCGCUCCUGACGGCGAGAUAACGCUAAUUGAACGUGGAAGUCACAUAAACUCAGUUUCCGAUGUCGCCGCCUCAGCCGCAGCCGCAGCCGCCGCCGAUAAUCAGCCCAAGGGAGCGAGUAGUGUGGGAAGCCGUCGCAGUCUGGAGAGCCUGGGCAGUCAGAUAAGCCAAAAGAGCGACGCAGACCGCCUCAUCGACGCCAUCAAAACCCCACUGUCACUCACUGACGAGAAACCCGGGUAUUUUGUCACGCGACGCAGCUCCUUGGAGAGUGCAGGCCACCACCAGCCUCUGCCCAGAAUUGCGGCCGGUGGUCGUCGUCUGUCUACCAGCCCGGUGAAACUCAAGCCGCCGCCGCCCCCUUUCCCCACCGCUCCAUCUAGAGGAGAACCCGGUACCGCGGAAGUCCGGGACUCCAAAACCCCGAUCAAGGCCGUCAAAAUCCCCGAUGACUACGCCAAAGCGCCGAUGCAGACUUGGAAGGGGGACGAGCCAGGCGAUCUGUCGGAACGGCCUGAUGACAAAAGGAGGCCGCCGAGACUAGCGCUAAAGACGGCUGUCUUACCACCAAAAACAGCAGAGGUUCCGCUCACGAUUCUCGUUGCCGAGGACGACCCGAUCAACAUGAAGAUUCUCCGGAAAAGGCUGGAAAGAGUCGGACACGAAGUCCACGAAACCGGCAAUGGCGAAGACUGCGCCACUGUGUACAAGGAGAAGUCACCCGACUUUGAUGUUGUUCUUAUGGACAUGCAGAUGCCCAUCGUUGAUGGACUGACGAGCACACAGAUGAUUCGAUCUACGGAGCAAUCUGACGAGCACAAGGGCCAUUCGGCGAUGGCCGUCAUGAACCGAAGAAUACCAAUUUUUGCCGUGUCGGCCUCGUUGGUCGAGGGGCAGAAACAGGUCUAUGUUGAUGCGGGGUUUGAUGGAUGGAUAUUGAAGCCCAUCGACUUUAAGCGACUGAGUGUUCUCCUGGCUGGAAUACAUGAACCGGAGACUCGCAAGUCCUCGUUGUAUGUUGCAGGAGAAUGGGAACGCGGCGGCUGGUUCACCUGCGGCGUCGACCAAGGCAGCGAAAGACCAGGUAGCUCCGAGGCGACACCAACCGCGGAUGACGGGGGGAAACAGUUGAAGUGCGAGACCAACAUCAAGCCAUGCUAA